GCUGGUACCCCGAAAGCAUUUCGUCCAGGCAAGAAUAUACAGUUUUAAUCCCAAGAUGUGACUGGAAUAGGACUGACCCCCCGCAGCUCAUGCCAAAGGACACCUCGUGAAAGGCACAUUCAAACCAGCCGCUGAAGCCGCAUCACUCUCAAAAGCACCACACUUCAACCAUGCCUCAACACCGUUUUUAAUGCGAUUCUCCGUCGGAACCGGCCUUCCAACAAUCUCAGACAAAGAUCCCAAAGCCAGUCCUCGAGGUCUAGCAAUUCGCUUCCUGCUCAGUGAAGAUGGUCAUCAGCAUACAGAUAUCAUCGGACACUCAACUCCGAAUUUUCCAGUAGCAUCUGGCGAAGGAUUCCUAUCACUGAUGCAUGCAUCGAAGAACGGAGUUUUUGAAGAGUUUCUGAAAGGCAGUCCAGCUGCUGACGCAUUUUUCAAAGUCCCUAUACCUUAUCCGGAGAGUUUCUUGACGGAUAAGUUUUUUAUGGUUAAUGCUUUCAAGUUUGUGAAUAAGGAAGGACAGGAGAAGUUUGGGAGGUAUCGUGUGGUGCCUGAGGAGUACAUUACGCUUUCGGAGGAGGAGUUAAAGGAGAAAUCUGAUUCUUAUCUCUUCGAGGAAUUGGAAGAGAGGCUUGGGAAGGGAUCUGUGACGCUGAAGCUUGUGGUUCAGGUUGCGGAAGAGGGCGAUGUUACUGACGAUGCGACUAUGAGGUGGCCGGAAAGCAGAGAACUUGUGGAAUUGGGCAGUUUUGUUCUUGAGACUUAUGUGAAGACGGAUGAGAGUCUCAAGGAGCAGCAGAAGAUCAUUUUUGAUCCUAUUCCGAGGGUUGAGGGUAUUGAGCCUUCUGCGGAUCCGAUAUUGGAGAUGCGGGCGGCGGUGUAUCUGAUUUCUGGUCGGAUUAGACGGGAGGCGCAGAAGGAGAUGGAGAAGUAGAUUGUAAUGAUAGACUUGUUCCCGU